AGGCAGACUGCUUCUACAAACAUUUGUGAAAGAAAGGGUCACUCUCAAAACCUCAGUGAAUUCAAGCGUGGUCCCGAGAUAGGUUGCCAACUGUGCAAUAAGUCCUUCCGUGAAAUUAUCUUGCUACUAAAUAUUCCACGGUCAACUGUUACUGAUAUUGUAACAAACAACUCAGCCAUGAACAAGUGCAAUGCAAAGCGUCGGAUACAGUGGUGUAAAGUACGCCACCACUGGACUCUAGAGCAGUGGAAACAUAUUCUCUGGAGUGAUCAAUUACGCUUCUCUGUCUGGGUUUAGCGGUUGUCAGGAGAACUGUACUUGCCUGACUGCAUUGUGCCAAGUGUA